AUGUACAUACCGCUCGAUGAGCCCUCAUCGUCGACGAUGAUGUUCGAAGAGCAGCCAUCAAUUAUGGAUUGGUUUAUAUCCCGUCAUCAUAAACAUGCGAAUGAAACCGGCGACAACAACGCAACGGACGUCCUCUGUGCGAACUGCAUUGCCAACAAAAACAUGAUUGCCUGCUUCCGCUCAACACUUAUCGCGAUGCUCGGCGUAUGCACCGCAGUUAUCUGCCUCUCAAGGAUUGUCAAGCUUCAUGCGACGUCGCAAUCGCACCUCCGACUCCUCCUCUAUUAUAUUCUCGCUGUUCAUUGCUUCGCAGGCUCAUUCGAAUGGCUCAUUGGAUGGACAACUCAAUUAUCAUUAUUUAUUUCGUAUACAAAAGCCAUAAUGUUGCUUGUCGUGUGCUAUUUCUAUCUCGAUAUUGCCUCAUCAAUGAUGCACUGGAGCAGCACAUCUGGAAGAAGAUUGUGCUUCGUCGCGCUUUUCCUAUUGUUCACCUACUUUACCGCGUUCUUGGUGAUGGGUUUCGUGCUCACCACCAUUGAGCCAAAAUUGGAUUGUCGCGCGCCGUAUUGGAUUUGGUUCUCAGUUGGCCAAUGCUUCAUAGUGCAACUCAUGGUCGCCUCAUUUUGUCUGAUCCUGAGGAGAAUGAACCGAAUUUCGGCCCCUGUUCAGAUGCGCGCCAAUCAGCGAUGCGAUGUCUUUGUUUUGAUGUGGUCGUUCGAAACUGCCACCAUCACCGAUUUGGCUUAUCACAUUUGCCUCUUCCUUCUCGCCGAUGAGAGCAUUUCAAACAGUUGCAGUGCCAUCUUCGACCACGAUCAGCUCCGCUAUUCAAUGCUCAAAAUGCCUUAUGAUAUAAUCAGUUUCAUCAUGCCAGUGUGGGCAAUCUUGUACGUGUUCCGAACACGAUCAAAGAAUCGAUCCGACACCGAUUCGGAUUCAGAUUCGACAGUUUCAACACGCUCCUCGAGUGCUGCGAGGAAUGUACUGAUAGCUGACGUGGUGACGGUGAGGAAUUGGAGACGGCGAUAUCGGCCGUUGACGCAGCCAUCGCCUAGCGAGCGUCCCGUGCUCCAUUCCCAAUGGCGACAAAAUCGAUCUCACUCCAACUCGAGCAGUCCGCAGCAAAGAUUGCGAUCCGUCUCUUCAGCUCCGAUGAUCCGAAGGGUGUCCGUAUCGCAUUCCAUAGUUAGCUCUCCACUCUACAGUAUCCCUGAAGAGCUGCAGAGUUCGAUUCCACUCCGAAUCGGCUCGUCCGAGGAAGGCGGUUCAUCUCUCGAAUAA